AUGAAUGAACAUGCUUCUCAAGCACUCACAAAUUUAUCAUCCCUAACUUUUAAUGGUCAUAGUAAGGUUGGAGAUGAGAUUCCAAAAGCCAUUGCGAAAAGCUCAUUUAAACAAUUGAAAAGCUUGAUUUUAAACAAUAAUAGAGGAAUAACAUCAGAGGAAAUUUCACUCUUGGUGAGUAGUGAGGUUGUCACGAAUUUAACACGAUUACAUUUAAGUGGAUGUGAAAUCUCAGGUGAAGGAGUCAAGGCCAUUGCAAACAGUACAAAAUUAACCCAACUUACUUCUUUGAAUUUAAAUGGUACACGAAUCAAUGAACAUUACUGCAAAGUGCUGUCCAAUUCAUCGGUGAUUUCCAAAAUGAAAUAUUUUAGUGUUUCACGGAACCAUCUCGGUCCUGUUGGUGCAAAACACUUAUUUGACUCUCAAUACCUUUCAAAUGUGACAACACUCGAUAUAAGUGAAAAUGAUGGUGGAGGCGAAAUGAUACAAAGUUUUUCCAGCUGUUCCAACCUUCCAAAUCUGAUGAACUUGGACGCUCAUGAAAACAACGUUAGAGCUUUAGGUGUGGAAUAUUUAUGUAAAUCAUCGCAUCGCUUUCCCAAGUUAAAGAAAUUGAUUAUUGGUUUGAAUAAGUUUGUCAAGCAAGGAGCUCUUGAAUUGAUUCGAUCCUUUCCACACUUGACAAUUCUCAAUGUUUACUUGCACCCAGGUUAUUGUACAUGUACACAUUCGGACAUUACAGAGCUUAAAAAGAUUGCUGAAACAUCGAUCAUUAAGCAAGUUUAUUUAGAUGUCUUGAACGGAGGGGAAGAAGAAUUUAGCGUUUUCUUUACCGGACUUUAA